AUGCGACACCUGCGCCUACACAAUGGCCUCGCCGCCAGCGACUUGUCGCUCAAGUUCAUUCACUCAAUAAAUCUGCGCCGUUGCUUCUCCCACUCUCGAGUCAACCAUGACCUAACACCCUUCACCCGUCGCCUCUUCAAAAUCCCCUCUGCACCGUCUCCGCCUUCCCAGCACCACAAUAACCUAACUACUUUCCUCUCAUACGCCGAGCGCAUAUCCCUACCCUCUACGAGCACCGUCUACAUAGGUACCCACUACGAGUACACCGUCCUCCAAAGCCUCCGCCGCUAUGCGCUAGCGCUGCACCGCAUCGGCGGCCGCGACGACGCCGGGAUUGAUCUUCUCGGCACCUGGCACCUGCCAGAGCGGGAGCGGGAGCGCGCACUACGCGUGCUGGUGCAAUGCAAGGCUCUCAAGACCAAACUCGGGCCCAAUUUGGUCCGCGAGCUAGAGGGCACGUUCCGCCAGGCGCCUGUCGGCUGGCGCACGGGCCAGACCGUUGGCAUACUGGUGAGCCCGCGGGAGGCAACCAAGGGAGUGCGGGAUGCGCUGGCGCGGAGCUCGUACCCUCUUUUCUGGAUGAUGGUGGAGCGGGACGGGACGCUGAAGCAGGCUCUUUGGAAUGCCCGUGCGGAAGAGCUUGGGUUGGGGCCAUUGGGAGUAGACACGCGCUAUGGCACUGGCGUUGCCGACAGCGAGUCUGGGUCUCUCACGAAAGAGGUUACUUUGACUUGGGAUGGAUGCGAUAUUCCUGAUAUGGAGCAGGUGGAGCAGGGUCUGCUUCACUAUGAGGGGCAAUGGGUGAAAUCGUGGGGGGAAGACUUGCCGGGAGUCGAGAAAGAAGCUCUUUUGGAAAUUGUGGAGACGAUCUUUCCUGAUGGUCAGCCUGAAGCAGGACCAGACGGGGUUGUACCCGAUGUAGACCGGGUAAAAAUAUUGCAGGCUCUACGAGAAUGA